AUGACCUUACUGUCAGACAAUUUAAGGCCAUCAAUACAACCUACCAAAUUGAUGACGUGUGUUGUACGUGAUGGAAGUGAUCUUCUUCCCGUCGACAGUCUAAGGCCACUCACAUUUUCAAGCAUUACUAAUCAAGAAGACUUUUCACCCGUGGAUGUUCGAAGGCCACUAAUAUACUUUGAUCCUUCUAUGGAUAAUUCAAUCCAAGAGAAGCUUCUUGUACCGGAAGAAUCAAGAAAUGCCGGUCUGAAGAGGAGAAUUUGGACGGAAUCUAAGAAGAUAUGGGGGAUUGCAUUUCCUGGAAUACUGGCUAGAGUAUCUUCAUUUGGUAUGAUAGUGGUGACACAAUCUUUUCUUGGACACAUUGGGAAAUUAGAGCUUGCUGCAUUUGCACUCCUACAAAGUUUCAUACUACGAUUUAUCAAUGGCAUUUUGAUUGGCAUGUCCAGCGCGACCGAAACUCUGUGUGGACAAGCGUUUGGAGCUGGACACUAUCACAUGCUGGGUAUUUACUUGCAACGAUCAUGGAUUGUUGAUAGUGUAGCUGGAACAAUCUUGCUUCCAUUGGUCAUUUUUGCAGCUCCAAUUUUCAGAAUACUUGGCCAAGAGGAGGAUAUUGCAAUAGCAGCUGGAAACAUGUCCCUAUGGUUCAUUCCUUUCGUUUAUAGUCUUGUUUUUAGCUUGACCACUCAAAUGUACUUACAAGCACAGCUGAAGAACAAAGUUGUUAGUUGGUUUGCUUCCUUUUCCUUUGUUCUUCAUAUCCUUUUGACCUGGAUAGUUGUGAAGAAACUUGAGUGGGGUACUGCUGGUGCCAUGUUUGCACUGACCAUAUCUUCUUGGUCAAAGGUUAUUGGACAGGUAGGGUACAUCUUGGUAGGUUGGUGUCCAGAUACAUGGACGGGAUUUAAUAAAGCUGCCUUUGCUGAUGUUCUGCCUAUAGUCAAGCUCUCCAUAUCCUCCGGUUUGAUGAUUUGUGUGAGGGUAGCAAAUGAGUUGGGAAAGGGAAAUGCUAAAGCUGCAAAAUUUUCAAUCAAGAUCAUCCUCAGUACAUCGUCAACAAUCGGAGGUUUAUGGAUAGGACUGCUGAGUGGAGUUAUAGUGCAAACACUUGUACUCUCCUACAUUAUCUGGAGAACAGAUUGGGAUGAGCAGGUGAAUAGAGCAUCUGAACGUCUCCGGCGUUGGUUUUUGAAUCCCGAAAGGGAUUCCACAGACAGCUCCAGCACUCUUGCUUGA